UAGUGAGUGCCAGGCUCACCAUGUGUGUGUAUGAGAGCCGAGUAGUGAUCUAAUGAUCCGCUUCCUGUUGUGUGUAGUGUGAGGCUGUGAGCGCUUGUUGCUGUUGCACAGAAAUAGGAAGAGAGCGGAGAUGUGAUCGCGGAUGUGGCUCUUGUAGCAGAUUGUGUGCUAAUCGUCCGGCCCAGGGAGGGAAGAAGCACAGCCAUGAAUGCGGAGGAGCAGACUGUCACCUGGCUCAUCUCUCUGGGGGUCCUCAACUCCCCCAAAAAGAACAUCUGCGACCCCGAGGACUUUCUAAAAUGCUCCCUAAAAGACGGAGUCGUGCUGUGCAAGCUCAUGAGCCGAUUGCUGCCGGGAUCGGUGGAGAAGUUUGCAGCAGAACCAAAGAGUGAAGCUGACUGCCUGGAAAAUAUCCGCGAGUUCCUGAGAGCAUGCGGCUCUCUCCGGGUUGAGCUGUUUGAUGCAAAUGACCUCUACACUGGUGAGAAUUUUCCAAAGAUCCUGAGUACUCUUUCUGCAAUAAACAGAGCUACUGAAGAACAGGCGUCGAAGAGGCCAUGUUCCCGAACGCUCUCUCAGCCGCAUAAUUUUGCUUCCUCAUCACAAACCAAUCCACAGGGAACAGACAGCUCAUCAAAAGUUCUAAGAAGACCGUCAAAACCUGUGGACAUGACCGGUAAUGGCAGCAGUGUAAUUGUGAAAGCAAAGUUUACUUUCAAACAACAGAAUGAAGACGAGCUAUCUUUUUGUAAAGGUGACACCAUCCAUGUCACCAGAGUGGAAGAUGGGGGCUGGUGGGAAGGAUCACUAAAUGGCAAGACGGGCUGGUUCCCCAGUAACUAUGUGAAAGAGUUCAAACAGAAUGAUAAACCGCUUUCCCCAAAAGCACUGAAAGGGAGUGACGGUGCACAGCUAACCAAAAACUAUUACACUGUGGUAUUACAGAAUAUUCUGGAAACGGAGAGAAGCUAUGCUAAAGAACUUCAGAUACUUAUAUCAACUUACCUCAGACCUCUUCAGUCAUACGACAAGUUAAGUGCUGCGGAUAUCACAUUAUUGCUGGGAAAUUUUGAGGAGAUCUACACCUUUCAGCAGACCCUCUGCCAGGCACUCGAAGAAUGUGCAAAGUUGCCAGAAAAUCACCAGAAAGUUGGAGGUUGUUUUCUGUCUCUUUUCAAUCAGUUUAAGUGUUUAUACUUGACGUACUGUGCGAAUCACCCCUCAGCUGUGAAUGUCCUCACUCAACACAGUGAUGAACUGGAGAAGUUUAUGGAAGCUCAAGGAGCUGCAAGCCCAGGAAUUCUGCUGCUGACCACAAGCCUCAGCAAACCCUUCAUGAGACUGGAAAAAUAUGUCACUCUGCUUCAGGAACUGGAAAGACACAUUGAGGAAGCUCAUCCAGAUCAUAAAGAUGUACUCCGAGUCACAGCAUCCUUCAAGACUCUUGUGGCGCAGUGUCAAGACCUACGCAAAAGGAAGCAGCUGGAGUUGCAAAUUCUUUCGGAACCCAUCCAGUGUUGGGAAGGAGAAGACAUUAAAAUCCUUGGAAAUGUUGUGUAUAUGUCACAAGUAAUGGUACAAUGUGGAGCAAAUGAGGAAAAAGAUGAGAGGUAUUUCAUGCUGUUUCCAAGCGCACUUCUCAUGUUGUCUGCUAGUCCUCGAAUGAGCGGCUUCAUUUAUCAGGGGAAAUUACCACUAACUGGAAUGUCUGUAGUUAGGUUAGAGGAAAGCGACAACAUCAGUCAUGCUUUUGAGAUUGCAGGACAUAUGAUAGAGCGUAUUGUGGUCCACUGCAGCAGUAGUCAGGACUGUCAAGAAUGGCUAGAUCAUCUCUACCGUCUAACUAAAACGCCUACUUCACAUGCGUCUUUAUGUAAAACACCGUCAUGGGGUACAACCCACUCUGCUUCAGACAAAACAAAAACCCCUCCACCUCACCACUCCCUUUCAUUACUUCCUCGUGGACCACUAGAACCUGCCAAAAUUUACAAAGCUUGGACCUUGAGUUGCUUGCGGCCAGCUCCACCACUUCGACCAUCAGCUGCACUCAGCUAUAAAGAGAGGAUGUCUUAUAUCUUGAAGGAUUCUAGCAAAAGCCCCAAAAAUGUCAAGAAGUUUCUUCCAAAACGAAAACCAGAACGAAAAGCUUCGGAUGAUGAAUCUGCUCUCAGGAAAAGCACCAUAGCACUGGAAGAAGAUGCACAGAUUCUGAAAGUGAUUGAGGCUUAUUGCACAGGAGCUGGCUUCCAGCAAAACCUCAGCUCUGGUUCCCGGAAGGAUUCUACUCCACAGGUCUUGCUUCUUGAGGAAGAAAGUCUCAUUAUUGAUGAUAUGAGGAGCAAUGGUCAAACUGCACCAGAAGAAAAGAGUCUUGUAGACACAGUGUAUGCGCUGCGAGACGAGGUCAAGGAACUAAAGCAGGAGAACAAAAGAAUGAAGCAGAGUUUGGAUGAAGAGCAAAAGUCUAGAAAGGAGUUAGAAAAGGUGGUUCGGAAGAUUUUAAAGCAAACCAGCGAGACUGCAGAUCAUUAGUCUACAUUUAAUCUUGAAAUGUCAAGACAGGUAUCACAGACAUAUGUCAUAAAGACCACUUGUACAGAACUUUGGACCUUUGGAUCACACAUCUGUAUCAGAACAUUAUAACAUUUGGGAAUGGGGGAGGGGUUGAGUGCCCUCAGUAUUUUUUGAUAUGGCAAAUAUGUCUGCCUUUGAUCAGAGGAAUUAAAGCACAUAUUAUAUAUUUGUUUUGAUAAUGGGAAACAAUCCGUACCUCCCUACUUGUUGAUUUAUUGCAGCCUUCAACUGUACAUGGUAUACCAUGGAUAUGACUUUACUGGAUUACUAAGUACAAAUAGACAAACUUUGCCCAAUGAGUCAUGGGAAAUGUUUUCAAAUUUCUCCAAAAGCAGAACUUAUUUGUGGGUAAGUGUUUAAACAGCAAUGUUCAUAGCUGGAGUUUUUUUAAUUCCAUAAAGGCCACAAAAAUUGGAAUUGCAGACAAAAUCAUUUUUUGUUUUGGAUGAGUGAGGAAAGGAUAUAUGGUUUCUCUGGCUCUAAUGCUAUCUGUGUGCCCGUUAGGGAGAUUUCCCCUACCUUUGUGUUCAGGUGUCCAUUCAAGAAGCAAAGGAAAAAAUCUCCCCAACUGACAAAGGAAAGUGUAAAAAUAUGGUAGAUAUUCUGACCUUUCUGUGGUCUACAAAAAUGUGCAUUUAAUACUGUGAAAGUUCAAACUAAACAUAAGGCCAGCAAUAAAAAUCCAACAUAGGGUUUUACCCUCCCCACUCUAUCCAAAGCUGGCAAAAAAAGUUUUGGCUGAAGUUCUAUUACAAAUACCUUGCUCAAAAGUUGUCAUUUCUCCUUUUGAAGAAACUUGUAGUAAUUCAUUGCUCUUCCAUAAAAACUCUUAUGAAAGUUUAGAUAAAAAGGAAUAAUUUUAUCCUUUUUUCAUUUCAUGGAGUGAGCAUCAUACCAACAUGCCAUUAUUUCUCUUGGGAAUACCACAGGCCAUGGGCAAAAAGGCCAUAUAUUAUUGUACCAUACAUGAUUAUAAAAUAGAAAUGUGUUAUGGUAUUAUGGUUCCUUGUUUGCGUAAGCCCUUAAAGGAACUAAAAUACAAGCAUCAAAAAUGUUUUAUUUAAAGCUAUUGUAAGCUGUGAAAAAUAUUGUCUACACAGCUGGCUCUGACUUCCUAUUUCGGUAAUACAAAAAGCACAGCAGUCCGCCUAUAUCAAGCUUGGUAAAAUCAAAUUGCUUUGCCUAUAUUGCAAAUGCGUAUACAAUGUCAAAUAUCUGUCUGUCCAUCCUAUCUGUUGUGUGGGUAUAUUGGAAAUUGUUCAUAUAUGUUUGCAUAUGUAAUUUACAAUUUCAUUUUCUGAGCCACCUCUGGAUUUAGGUCAACUCUUCCUUAAAGUGUUGGUUAUGGAAUUCUAAAGGUUAAUUACAAUUUUGUAAAUUAAGACUCUUUUUAAUGGUUACUAGUUUGGGCAGGUGGAGCUUAUCUAUAUACUAUUUAUAUGGCUGGUUUGUACUUGUAUGCUGCACUCUGAUGUAUGCAGUUAUUAAGAAAACCCAAUUUUAUUUCAAGUAAUAAGUGCAAUAUUUACUGCUGUUCUAUAUAACUUUUCAUGUGAAUGGUACGUUCCAAGAAUACCCCUGUGAUAUGAAAAUAGAGGAUGGAUGAAUUUUGCUUCUCAUCCGUAAACCUGGUUCCUUGCAAUGUUCUGGCAUUUCACGUUUGCAGCCUUUGAUUGAUAGGCUGGACCUACAACAAAGUGGCCUUUUAAGUACAGCAGACAGAUUUUACUAGAGUUUAGCAAAUGUAAGAUUCAGGUACAUUUUUAAUGUAAAGGUUUUCAUUGUCUUAUGGAGCUCCUAUUAUUUUAUCUUUAGUGCAAUGUGUUACAGAAAGUCCAAACUGGUCAGCUGCAGCCACAUGCAAACUAUCUUUGCAGAUGUUUUUACUUUCCCUGUCAAUUUAGCACUUAGCAGAAAAGCAUGUGCUGCUGUCUACCAGAUCAAAUAUAUGUAUACAUUGCCUUUUCUUUUCUAUGUAAUUCCUUAUGUGCUUUUGGAUGUUAAGUUAUGAUAAUUGUUUAGUAUUGUGUGGUCUGCAGCAUCUUUACAACCACAGAGAUCACAACUAGAUGUCCAAGGGCCCCAAAGUAACUCUCUUCGCCACAAACAAUGGGAGGUAGGUAAUCUUGGAUGCAUCUCCCAACACCUGUGUUCUCCUGUGCAGCCAGUCAAUAUCUAUAUGAUGGCAGUGAUAAUAGUGUAUGCCUUCUGUUUUUUCCUCUCAUAUACAGAGAUUGACAGUGGGUGGUUCUAUCAGUACACUGUAUGUACUAUUAGUGGGGAUUCUGCACUGGACAACAAUAAAGGAGGUACAAGACUGAAACUUAAGCUUGGGCAAAAGUAGUUACAUUUCAGAAUAAAAAUUCAGUAUUCUGGGCCUCUCUAGUUUAUACAGAUUUUAUAACUUAUUAUUUUUUUAAAACGACUUGCCUUAAAUGUAUUGCGAAAUGAAUGGAAUAUCAGUUUGUGUUCCUACCAUACAUUGAAUGUUUAAUUACAUUGCUGUAAAUUAUACAUUUUGUUUCUGUAAAAAAAGAAAAAAAAAAGUGAUUUAACACAGUGGUAUUGUCUGCUUAGAAUUUUGCCUCUAACAAUAGUCUUCCUGAUUUGGCUAUUUACUGGAACACUGAGAAUUUAAGUCUUUUCUCGUGGCUCCUUAGCACUCUUCUGUUUUUAUGGAUGCCUUCAAUAUGCCAGGAGCAAAUUGCUUAUCGGUACGGGAUUGCCUUUUAAACGCUGUGGUCUGUGGUAUAUGUACUAGGCUGAGUAGCUAGUUCUGCCAGUGUAAAAUCGUCACAAUGCUUAGGGCUUGUGCAGUUUACCGUGGUAUCACACAACUAAUGUCUAAAUCUGUUUUGUUGUUCUGAAGGAAGUAAGUGAAUGUGAGAUGAAUUGUUGGCAGUAUGAUAAAAGGCAUACCUUUUUAGAACUUUCAGGUGGGAGGGAGCAGGUCUAGUGUAGAGUUAAAAGAAACCUAUCACACUUAUGAUGCACGUUCCUGCACAAUUUAGAUAGCUAUGCAAUAAUUUUUUUUUGUGCAUUGAAAAUGCAGAUUUGCAUGCAGUUUUGUUCAUGUGUUUUACAAAGCGAGGGGAAAAUGUUCAAGAAUAAAGAUGUCCAUUGUACUAACGUUCUAAAAUGCACAAUGCUUGUGUUUUUGUGCUUUACCGGUGAUAUUAAUGUGCCUGCUUAAAUUGCAUUAGAGUUUUUUUUUAAAUUAUACAGAGCUGCAUCACAUAGAUGUGAACUGACCACAGUAAUAUUAUUUCUGCAAUGAAUGCUUAUUAUAUAGUAAUCAUGCAGGAAACAGGCAAACAUGAAUGUACUUCUGUAAUUUGUAGCCUUAGUUCUGCACAGUCAGUAUUGAAAUGGUGCACAUAGUGUGAAUAGCUAAUUCUCUAAACACAAGCAUACUAGAAUGUUUGAAAAGGUGGAAAAAUGCAAUAGUUUCAGGAAAACUGCUUUCUUUGGGUUAUCGGCAUUUACAAAGAUCAUAUCUGAAGUUUUUUUCACUGCUUUGAAAACUAUACACAUGUAUGCAAACACAGCUUGUUUCCACUGAUGUGUUGCCAUCAUUUCUGUUACUUUGCAAAACUUGGGUCAAUAGACUUCCUAGAUUAGGUUUCUGUAAUUACUAUUUUGCCUUGUUUAUUUGACAGACUGCUUUAGCUUAGUCCAAUUUGGCUGUGGCAAGGGGCAUAUUUCGUGUCGAACAAAAGACACCAAUUAGUUGCCUCUGCCUGAGCAUCUCAACUGUGCCUCAGCUUCACAAAGUACACACCCCUUGCUAAGGAUAAAUGCAGAAAGAACAGGGAACACCAGGAGUCUGCUUCAAGAGGUAAUUCGAGGAUUCCAUGAGUCUCCCAACUUCAGGGAGAAGUUAACUCAACAAAUCUAUGAAUAUCGCUCACAUAACAAUAGCGUACACAGUUCUGCCUAAAUGGCCUUAAUCGGCUAUGACUAAAUACCAUUUAGGCUGUAGUAAACUUUUCUGCAUAAGAAAUUAUGAUAUGGGUAUUCCAACUUGCUUUUCAUUGAAAGGUUUGUGAUUGCCUAAGGAAUUGAGUUAUUUUAUGCAAAUAGACAGCGGACACUUCUUUUGGACAAGAUAUGAGUAAUGUGAGUGAUGUAGGCCAGGCUUAGCCUAAAAAUCAGGCCAUCAAGUCUCUAGGAGCAAAUAAAACAUGAUUAUGACUAAUAAAGACAAUAGCAGGCAUGUGGCAAACAUUUUAAUUUUAAAUGUUUGAUUUAUUCUGAGACAGGUGAUGGAGUACAUCUUGUUUUAUCUUGGAGAGGACUAUAUUUAAGCUGAAACAUUUAUUUCAGCUUGAAAACUUUUUAAGUCUUCUUCAGGUUUAAUUUUACUGGAUUGGUAUCAUGCAGUUGCUGUUUAAUAUAUGCAUAUAUUCAACAUUCAAUGAAAAACUGUGAUGCAGCUCUUUGUAUUACAUUUAAUUAUGAAGUAUAUGUAUAAUCAAAAUCUAUAUCAUGUGUAACUAAACUCAGUACUUCAGUAUUUUGUUUUGUGUUUAUUGUAUGGUAACAUUAACAUCUUUUUUUGAGGGGCAAGUUCAGGGAUUUAUUGACCUGUUCAUUAUUUUCCUGAUGAUUCCAUCAAAACCCACUGUUCAUUUAUGUUUCAAAAUGAACUAUUCUCAAGUUAAAAUUUAAGACCAAAGUAGACUUGUGCCCAGUUUUCAGAAUCUAAGAAGGUAAACUUUAAACAUUGUAUAAUGUCAGUCCGUUUUACACUUGCAAUAGAAUUUUGCACAAUACCCUUUUUUCGGUGGUUUUAAAGCAGUCACACGACUGUUUGCUGUGUACUUUAACAUUUGCAGGGCCAGGGUGCUGAAAACCAGCAGCCAUUUGUUAGUUCCUUUGAUGUUCCUAUCUUAUCCAAGAUUGUGGAGGGUAAUACUGUUGCCAUGGCAAAAUGUCCAGGGAAUAUAAAACAAAGGAAAAAAGGAAGGAAGAAAAAGUGCCAAUGUCUAUGUGGUAUAACGGGGCUUGAUAGCACAUGUGCGAAAAAUCAUAAAGCAUUUUACUCACAUAGGAUCAAAUGUACAUAGUAUAUACAAAGAUAAGUUGCAGGAUAUCCAGCAAGGGACACUCUCACCAAAGAACAUGAUUGGGGAAAAGAAGCACAGAAAAGAAAAAAGCACACCACUCUGUGUAGCAUUUAUUCAAUCAUCAUGUAUAAAAAAGACAGCCAAUAAUGCACUCGCAUACACUAUAAUCAAAUGGAAGACUGCCGUAAUAAAAAAAGUACCGGCAGGAGGCAAACUCCUUUGGUCCCAAUAGGCAGUAGUACUCAGAUGUAAAGUGCUGGUGAGAGCUCCUUUAGUGGCCUGUGGACUACAAGGAGGUGAACAGAGGCCACGUGGCUGGCUAGGAUGAUGUCACAUGUAAAAGGGGACGUGGCAACCUGUUUUGGGGACAUAGUCCCCUUUCUCAAGCCUCUCAAAGGACAUGGCCAUUGGUUGCUUCCUUGUGGAGUAUCUCCUAAGCUGGCCGAGAAUGUUUGGAUUAAGGAACCAUCUCAUGUCUAUCCUAUGAUGGCCCUGAGUCUUCGGGGAAACAGAUUAGAAACCUAGUUGCUAUUGUUCCCUCCCAGAUAAACUGGCAUUCUGCAACUCCUUCUUUCUGGUCCCUUUCCUUGUUCUUGCAAGUUUUGGCAGGGGGCUGCUGCUUUCUUUACCUGAGGGCACUUAAAUUGCCUGCACAUCUGAUCAUCCUAAGUAUACAGGUUGCCUUGAGCUAGAGAGAAGCACCCCUAUGCACACAUACCUACACUCUCUCCUAUCUGAGAAGUCUGUUUUCAGCAGUGGGAAGCCUGGAACAGUGUAUUACAAUUUGCCUGACUCGAUGAGCAGUGGCAGCUGUUAAAUACGUUGUAUGCAGUGUGACUGGUGUAAUUUCAAACUUCUCCAAGAAGCUAUGCCUUGAGAGGUACAAGCUACAAGUUAACAACUUGAAACUAAACUCCAGGCAAACAAGUAAAUACACGGAUGAAAUGUAUAUGUAAGGGCUGUUUACCCAACCAAAAAAAUUGUAUUUCCAUCCAGUCCUAAAAUUUACACAUUUCUGCCCCAUACACAGCCUCUUCCAUUAGAGUAGGGGACCUGAUCUUUCUCUGCUGCCAUUUUACUUUCAUUGACAGGUGACCUCAUUACCCUGUAACUUGACAGUGAAAGGAGCAGCAGAAUGAGCUCAUCUCUGUCUCUCCCCCUAUUAAAAUGCUGCUUGCACUGGCGCACACCCAAAUGGCUCCUUUUGCUGCUAUUACCUCCCCCUGUCUGAUCUCUGUUGUACAGACUGUACUGUAGACUGCAGGGUGUUGUUACCAAGUCAAAUUAAAGCAGUUACGCUGCUUGCAAUAAUUUUUUUUUUUAAAGAUUAGUUUAAGACUACAGAGCUAUAUUUAUUUUAUCUCUGCCUAGAAUUCAGCUUGAACAGUUGAAUGAAAGUUUAUUUUUUCCAGUGUCAACAAUGGUAAUUAGUAAUGUAGUCCUUUUAGCUGUUCUACCUUUUUCAUUUUGAUAGUUCUAGGGAACCCAUUGAUUUUUUUUUUUUUUCUGUACUGGUUUUUCAGAAAUAAAAAAUGUAACUAUUUGGUGAGGGUGUUGGUCUUCUUCUAACUUUGAGUGCAGGAAGGGUUGCCAGUUUCAGGUGGAACAUCCAUUAUUGAAAAAAGAUGGCUCCCCACUUUUUCUCCAAGUGGGAAUCGCGUCACUGAAAGCAAACCAAAAGGUUUACCGGUCAUCUUUUACAGAAGUAUUAUGCAGAAAUUAUUCUUAUGAUUUAUUAAUUAUGUUAAAAAAAAAGAGGGGUUGGGUCAACUGUUGCUGCUUGUUUGAGGCAAUGUAAUAAAAGUGCAUUUGGAAGUACAAAAUCCUUGCUGCAGGUAGCUCUAUUAAAGUUAAAAAGAAAGUAAAAGUAAACCGAUAUUAUAAAUAAAAUAAAGGACAAAUGUGCCAGCUCAUUCUAGUAUGAUUUUAAAUAAUUUAAGCCUAGGUUAUUUUUUGGGCAUAACUGUCCUUUACAUUAUAUAUGAAGACUACAGUGGAACUAUGGUCCUUAAAGAUUGUGUUAGAAAGUCACCCAGUGGCUUUCCCACAUAAUUAAUUAUGCAAGCAUUAGAAUCCAAAGAUAAUGUUAUAUUGUGGAUAGUAAGCCAUGGGGGUAAUGGGGAUAUUUUAUGUUUUGCUGUAGUGCUUUUAACAUACAAUUUACAAAGUAUAAGUUUCUGUUGUGCUAAAGAAAACUUACUGGCAGUUUUACCUUAUAUAAUGUGUUGCUCUUUUCAUGUUUUCUGUUACUUUUUUUAUUGCUACUUGACCUUUUCAAUAAAUCUUUUUUUUUUAAA